ACUAAAUCCCAUGCGCCAUCGUGUUAAUCGACCGGCCCCCAAGAAAAUUUGGGCAAAAGAGAUUCCUUCUCUCCAAGCUCCCGCAAGCAAUGAUGGUCUAAAAAGGAUAUAACUUGUAGCCCCAAAAGAGGGGUUAAAAAAGACGAUAAAUUUCAUCAAGAUGCCAACGCCCUCCUUCAGUGUCGCCUUCUCCUCGAGUUGCUACUCCCCCUCCCUCCCCAAGCGCUCGCCCUUCCAUCCUCGCCCCGGGCGGAGGCGACCCGGUAGCCUCGCCGUCGCCGCCAAGGCGCGGACGGGCUUCGUCGAGACGUGCUUCCUCCUCCUCGCCACCACGAGCAGCCGCAGCGAGGAGCGGGAGCAGCAUCUGGGUAAGGGCCAAAACCACACCUUUCUGCAGAAUCCCUACUCCUCCGCCGAGAGGGACGAGCCGCGCGGCGAAGGGCCGGAGACCCAGGAUCGGGAACGGGAGCAAGAUCCGCCCUUGGGACGAGGGUCGGACGACAGAAGGGCCAAGAAACGGCGCAGGGGAAUUUUCACGAGCAUGUGGUGGGCGGACGUGAAGGCCGCGAUCGGGCAGAGGAUUAACUUGGAGGCGAUCGUCUGCUCGGCUUCCGUGAUCGCGAGGGACCGCCAUCUGUUGCUGCCGCACGUCCUUGUCCCUGAUAUACGCUACAUUGAUUGGGCGGAGCUGCAAAGGAGGGGUUUCAAGGGCGUUGUGUUUGACAAGGACAAUACCCUCACUGCGCCUUAUUCGUUGAAGCUCUGGGGCCCUAAUGCUUCUUCGAUAGAGCAAUGCAAAUCCGUCUUCGGUCACAAUAUCGCCGUUUUUAGCAAUUCUGCUGGGUUACUGGAAUAUGACCAUAAUGGUUCGAAAGCGAAAGCACUCGAGUGGGCAAUCGGGAUAAAAGUUAUAAGGCAUAGAGUGAAGAAACCAGCUGGAACAGCUGAAGAAAUUGAAAACCACUUUGGCUGUGAUUCCUCACGCCUUAUAAUGGUGGGAGAUCGUCCCUUCACAGAUAUUGUCUAUGGAAAUCGAAAUGGAUUUCUUACUAUAUUAACCCAGCCCCUUAGUCUUGCUGAAGAGCCAUAUAUUGUGAGACAGGUAAGGAAAUUGGAGAAUGCCCUUGUCAACCGUUGGCGCAGUGGAGGAUUGAAGCCGACAAGUCACAGACUGCUUCCAGAUGGCUCUCAUUGUGUGAAAGAACCUACAUCCUUGUAAGAAUCUUUUGUAAAUACAGGAAAUCCUUUGUUUCGAUGCUAAAUUUCAAGGUUCCUGUAGUUAUUCGACAUGAUUGCUGCAUGGAAAUGCAUUUUUUUCCUAGUAGCUAAAUUUUGUAAGGUUGUCCAGAAUCUGAAAUCCAAAGAAUUAGUGCCAGAAAGAGGUAGUGUAGAUGAAAACUCUUGUGCUUCUCAAUUCCUUGUUCGCUGAAAUAAAUGUGCAAAAUCUGUGUCUGACA